AAAAGUUCAAAUAAAUCCGAUCGCUUCUAGGUCACAUUGCGACUAGGCGAGUGUCGGUUGGCUUGUUCGCAGUUUGUUGUUGGUUACUGUUUUCACAUUCACAGUGCAUGACUUCUGGCUUCUGUUAUGACUGCGGACCUGCAAAAUGGGCAGCCUAGAUUUGUACCGCCGCCUCCAAUCGCUGUUUCUCAUGAGCUCCCAUCAUCUAUCAGUUCAGUUUCGCUCACCACUGUACCUAUUCCUCCACAAGGAAUUUCUAUACCCAAAAUCGGUACUCUUAUACCUAACCGUAUAUUUGUCGGUGGUAUCAGCUCAAAUACUACAGAGGAAGAACUGAAAAGCUUUUUUUCAACUUUUGGCACCAUCAAGGACGUUAAAGUCAUUUGUGAUAAAUCCGGACUAGCGAAGGGGAGCUAUGGGUUUGUAACUUUCGAAAAUCAGGAGACGGCUGAGGCAAUCAUCAAAAAUGAGGCUGAGCCUCUUAUAUUUAAAGAUAGGAAAUUGAACAUCGGUUAUGCAGUAAGGAAACAGCAUAUCUUUCCGAAACAAGAAAUCGCGGGAUCUGUUCUUCUGGCACGCAGUGCUUGCCACUUUACCAACGGUCUCACGCUGUUUCAACUGUGUUCCCACGAUCAUCCGAUUCUGACCAUGAAUCAAGCUUCCACGUCUUGGACUUGUCCACAUUGCUGUGCAGCUACAGAGGCGAGAGGUACCAUGGAAUUGCAAACACCAAUUACAAACUUUGCUCCCCACUGCGACAGCAGUUUUUACGCGCUACGGGACACAGCAGAAGUACAAGCACCAACUGCUAAUAUUGCGUUUCAACCACAGGCCUCGACAUCAACUGAUGACUGUACGGUUCAAGAUGUUCGACACAUCCUCCUAGGAUAUCCAGCUGAGUGUCAUGGAGAGACUGCUGGCGCAGCAUCCCAUAGCGUCACCCACCGGGUUUAUUCCGGUGUGUCUCCCUAUAAUGGGCAAAGAAACCCGUUAAACAUGAAGUCCCCAGACGGAUCUCUGACUGAAGGAUCACGACAACAGACAGCAUUCCAUUUUGCAUGGAAGAAUAAUGCAUCAGAAACAUUUAACACAUUUGACUCUUUUGCUUCCUCUGCACGUGAUAUGGAUCGGGACCAGCUGAAGGUGAACAAUGCAGCUUUCUCUGGUCAGAAUUGGCAUCUCACUGAGGAAGUACAUGGGAGGGACGAGCCACUGCAAUCGAUGCCCAUGCGAUUGGAUUUACUUAAUAUGUUGAUGACGCCACCACAGCAGAAGACCUCUUUGAGAAACGAGGGAGUACGUACCUCAAUCUCACAUGACUUUACGUUUGAGUCUCCGUCAACGCUCACACCCAAUUCGCCCAAGAGCUCUAAUGAGCCAUACGCGAAGUUCGAUCACUUACAGCCUCCUGAACAGGAAUUUUAUCAUCUGGCACGGAAUGCGGAGCCCAUUCUCAGCAAGACAAAUAGUUGUGGCGUAAACACAAGCCAAUCACUUGUGACGAACAAUGGUACUUUCGCAUGUGGAGAUAUAACGAAGCAUAGGUCGAAUUAGUUCUGACUGGAAAACGACAUCAAAAUUCAUGUGAGAACAGCCUUACAAGAUUAACGGUGGCUACUUCUGUUCAAUUACCCAUAUGUGUGCAAUGAGAAAGGAACCUACUGCGCACUACCUGAGAGCGUAGUGGUACCGGAUAGUUAAAAUCACUUCUAAAUUCAAUCCCGUCCACAUUGAGAUAUGUACUCCUACUGUUGGCACAGUGGUUGACGGGCAUGUUACCUAAUUUCAAAUGCACGUUUAUAUGAUUGUAAAUGGAUGUUACUGCGCCACUCUAACAGCGAAUUCGUUUGUACCAUGGCACCGUUGUUAAGGUGUCGUCACUUUUAUUUUGCUCGUUCUUGUUUUCAUUUUUGACGUUUUGCAAUCUAUGGAAGCCGGCUAGCUACGGCUGAAUGCAAACUUCGCUGAAUUAACAAAAUCCCUUUGUUUAUUUAUACUCUGGAUUCGUAAUAUUUUUUAUGCAACCGACUCGCGAAUCAUCUAAAGACAGCAUGAAAGAACGGAAAUUGACCUAAGCUACACUGAUACGUAGUUUAUUUCAUCCUAGUGUUAUUCAGUUCAUGUAGUUGUGGAA